CUGAAUAAACGCCUGGCUUACUUCCUCAUAUGACUAAGAGAGAAAACACAAGGCAGGCUCUCAAUGCCAUUAAGGCACUUCGCGCAGCUAGGAGUCUCACCCAGCAAGAUAACGCUCCUCACUUCAAAUGACUGCCGAUAAUCUAUCUGCGGCGCCUCGCAACUUUUCCAAAACUGCGGCCGUCGCUGUGGAAACUGCGUGGAUGAGAUAGAAAAGAGUGUGAAGGCGGGCUUCCCUCUGGCAAAACCCUCAGAAGAGCACCAGAGGAAGAGCUCAUGUGCUGAGCGGAGACAGACAAGAGACUCAGACAGCAUGAGCAGGCAGCAGAACAACAUGGACCUCUUCCUGAAGCUGGGGUACACCUUCGAGGACAUCCUGCGGGUGCUGGAGAGCCUGCCGCGGGACGCCCAGACAAACGACAUACUGGAGGAGCUGAUCAAGACCUGCCGCAGCGUCGAGGCUCCGCCCGCCCCCCGGCCGAGCCGGGGCAGCCCUCAGCUGGUGGCCCGGGGCUGCGGGAGCCCCGUGCCGCCGCCCCAGCCCAGCCUCGCCCCCCAGCGGGAGGAGAGGGACUCGGCGGGGUGCUUCAGACACGUCGUCAUCGACGGGAGCAACGUGGCCAUGAGCCAUGGUAACAAACAAGUAUUUUCAUGCCACGGGGUCCAGCUGGCAGUUAAAUGGUUUUGGGAGAGAGGUCACCGCGACAUAACCGUGUUUGUGCCACUGUGGAGGAAGGAGCAGGCCCGACCAGAGGCUCCGAUCACAGACCAACACAUCCUUCUUGAGUUGGAGAAGAAGAAAAUACUGGUAUUCACUCCCUCACGAUGCGUCAAUGGGAAAAGGGUGGUGUGCUACGACGACCGUUACAUCGUCAAGCUGGCCUACGACUCCGACGGCAUUAUUGUGUCCAACGACAAUUACCGAGACUUGCAGAUCGAAAAACCGCAAUGGAAAAAGUUUAUCGAGGAGCGGCUACUCAUGUACACCUUUGCCAACGACAACUUUAUGCCUCCGGACGAUCCACUGGGAAGAAACGGCCCAACAAUAGACAACUUCCUGAGAAAAAACCCCAAGGCCCCACUAAACAAAAGACAGCACUGCCCAUACGGAAAGAAGUGCACUUACGGGGUAAAGUGCAAGUUCUACCACCCAGAGCGCAGCCAGUCUCAGCUCUCGGUGGCCGACGAGCUCCGCGCGAAGAACAAGCUGGCGUCGAGCAGGGAUCAGCUGUCCGACGCGCGGCCCUGCUCCCCCGCCAACGGGAGUCUCCCGCCCGCGACGGCGGGUUUCUACGAGCACGGAGGGAGCCGCUGUUCGGCCAGCAGCCUCCCCGGCAACGCGGCGCCCCCUGGCCACGAGGCCCCGCCCGGGUUCUCCCCCGCCGAGCCGCUGCUGGAGAGACCCAGAGAGACGGUCAGCCCGGCCCACUUCCGGAAGUCGCCCACCUGCCCGAGCCCCGACGUCGACGAGGCCUUCGGGUCCCUGGAGGCCUCCCUGUCUGGGCUGUACAUCCAGGAGCCGGGGUACAAUUCGGGCCCCUCCUUCGGCUACGGCAGCGGCUUCACAGGCCUGAACGGGAGCCACGACAGCAGCGACUACAUCCUCUCCAGAGCCCCCGGCGGCUACGCGCACAGGCCGCGCUCAGGAAGCCCCGCGCCCUGCUGCUGCCGCUCUCCUUACAUGUGGCAGCAGGGCAGCCUGGAGGCCAGUCAGGACUCGGACAGCUCGGGUUCCGGCCUGGGCCUGCGGUGCCGGCAGCACUCGCACAGCUCCUACAGAGUGGUGGCGCCCCCCAGCAGAGACGCAGUGUACCGCGCGGAGGAGUACGGCGACCGCCAGCUGGCCUGGCAGAAGCCGCUCGCGCCGGACGCGCGCGGGUGGGGGCGCAGCGGGGCGGCGGGCUGGGGGACGGAGGCCGGCGGAAGCUCUGACUCGCUGAGCGAGCAGAGGAGGAGCGUGAGGAGCCAGCUGAGCACCAUCUUCCCCCAGCACGCCGUGGACUACGUCAUGAGAAUGUACCCGCACACCCUGGACACGUCCGAGCUGGUCCUGCUCAUUCACACGUUCAGAUCGAGCCGUGUGCGCUUCUAGGUUUCCGCAGAUCAGCAUUGUUCUAAACGCGCUUCCCUAGCUCCGCAGAGGGAAACCACUGAUUGUGAUGUAGCAACGAAUGAGGAGCUUUCACUAAACUUAGCAGUGCAAUGCACUGUUCUUUCAAAAAUGUGAUGACAAAGUAUGUCGGCAGAGAGCCUAAUAUACAAAGGUCUGCAUUUCAACGCUUCGUUCGUUUGAACAGGGCUGAAUGGUAAGGGUCCUGGCAAAGUUUGUGAAGGGCAAGCAGAUGUGUCAAUGCUACCCUCUUUAGAAUUUAGCUCAGCCUGACUUGUAAAGAUUUCUCAAAGCAGCACGUGUUGUUUUAACUGUGUAGCCUCAAAUGAGGAAUGUUUUAAAUGCAUGUAAACUGCCAUUUAAGAUUAAAUGACUAAAUGAUACUUGAUCAUAAGAUCACUUUUGAUAACUACCUUAGAUAUAAGUUCCUAAAAUGACUGUCCUAUCAACCGUUUCUUUUGAUGCAAUAAAAAUGUAUCUUGCCA